AUGUUACCUUUUAGACCAUUAAGCCAAUUUGUUUUUCAGUUUUUGAUUGUAACUUCAACAGCACUGAGCAAAGCGUUUAUACAAGCAUACAAGGAAAUUAUUAAGAACAAAAAAAACACAAAUUUCAUAAAAGAAAAGUACAAUACUUGCAUGAAUGUUGAAGAAGCUUUAAAUAUAUUAAAUUUAGAUAAAAAUAAAAUAUAUAAAAAUUUAAAUAAAGAGGAAUUAAUGUCUUUAAAAGAAGAAAUAAAUAAUAGGCACCUCAUUCUACACAAAUUAAAUGAGAAAAGUGGACCAUAUAAUGGUUCAGCAUAUAUACAGAAAAAGGCAAAAGUUGCUAAAGAUAUUUUAUUUCAGCAUUUAAAAUUGCAAUAA